AUGCCGUUACGUUGCCUCCGCUUCGCUUUUAAAAUCCUUCUUAUUUGUUGUGGAAUUUUUUUUACAGUUUUGUAUUUUCAAGGCUAUGAUAAAUUACCUGCGAGCACUUAUAACAUUAGCGAAACAUGGUUUGGUCGUAUGAAAUAUGUUAGACGAGUGGGAAAGCUCAGUUCCGCUUGUCGUCUUCCUAAUUUGGAUCCAUACCACCCUAGCAUAAUGAAAUUCAUGAAAGAUCUUGGCAAGCUUGAGUGCAAGGGAGAGACAUAUUCGAACUUCAAAGGCGACAUUCUCGAAGUGAAAGGGAAAGGGAUUUCUUCCGCGAAAUAUAGAACAAUUCAACGACCACGUGGAGAUGAUUCCAAGGCUGAGCUUUCCGAUCCCAUAGAGAUGUGGAACCUGGUCAAGCCGACUGUGCAACUAUACCAAAGGGGAAUGAUUCCGGUGAGAAAUCUUUCUUGUUGGUAUCGUAUCGAAGACAGAUUGAAGACCUUGCUUUGUUCUUUUCAGUACAGGGUCUGUUUAAGAUAAACUUGUAACAAGUAACAGGUCCGUUCCGCUCAAGUUACACAAACAGAAAAACAAGAUAAAUUAGUUAACGUGUUUCCACAAGGACUUCAAAUGGCGCUUGACGGCAUUUUCUAUUUCUUUCUUGGACGAAAAUAAACAUUUCAGCCCGUUGCGAACUAGGCAAGCUUAAACAAAUAUUUAUUAAAAAAUAAACAGGCCACUAACGUUACUGAACAUCACGAUCUUUGUUAAGAGGAACUCAAUUGGGAGAUGGCUUUUACGGCAACCUGUGAAAAUUCUUCCCAUUUCACGGCUAUCGGUUAACCCAAAAUGAGACAAAAUAACAAAUUUUAGAAAUGAAAAAAUUUUUUACUGCUUUUUUUUUUACGACUAACGUGUUAGGCGACAAUUUAUGUGUUUUAGUUUCUGACGAAUUUUUCGUAUUUUUACGGUCGCGCAGUUCAAGUGUUAUUUUUUUAGGUUUCGAUCUAGUUCUUGUAUUUUAUUCUGAAUUGUUUAUUAUUUUGUUUUGAAUUGCCAACUAAUACGUCUUGCUUGUUACUUUGCCUUUCAUUGAACUGACACUUGUAUGUCGGUGCUUUGAUCGAUGACCAUUACUUUUGAAAUUGCAUGUAAAUAUAAGGGUCUGUCCACAGAGAUGUGGGAGACGGUUUAUUUUUAUUUUAUUUCUUUUACCGCUAACGGUUAAAAUUUGUCAAUUUUUACUCCUGAUGGCGUGUUAUUAUCGGCAGGAGCCGGCUAAACUCAUUGAAACGCUCUGUUAACUAUUAAUGAAAUAACUUUUAAGACUGUGCCUAAGCUAUUAAAAAAUGUAAAUUUCAAAAACAUGCUUUAGCACUUUCUACAAUAAAGUGCCCUUUUUAUUGUAAAAAGAAAUAUGCCCAUCAGCUGCAACCACAAAUCAACCUAAUAAAAUUUCUUAGUAGUUAGCCCAAACUUAUACCCCAAUUACACCAAGGCUAAAACUUUUUAAGAAAUUGUUUUCUUGAUAGAGUUCGAAACCAAUCAACCUGAUUUCUGUUGACCUCAAAUUUUCGCCGUUCAUUGAGGUCACUGAGUUCGUUUUUCGUUUUCAUUAAAUUUAGAAAUAAAAGUCAGUCUUGCGCAAAAAAUUGAAAAAAAAUAAUAACUCGCUAAAUCUUACAGCGCUGUUUUCUCUGAAAGGAAAAUGAUGGAAACAUGGACUAAAAACUACCCUCACUGCUUUAGUGCCUUUCGUCAGUGUUAUGUGCACUUGCGCUUUUUCCAACAACCUUUCUGCAAACAGCUGUUUUCUAUUGUAAAAAACUGAUCGCUGCAAUCCAUAGACGUUAAAAAGAGGUUUCCUAUCGUUGUGUUGAAAUUAUCUCAUGUUACCUGUUAUUGAGCAUAACACUUAACAUUCUAACAUCAGUUCGUAUAUUCUCCAUACUGUUCUCUACACAUCUCCUAAGGUGCUGACAAGGAGAAUUUGCUUAACAAUCGAGAGCUUCUUCAGUUGAUGAUCAUCUCCUUUGUUCUUGCGACCUUUGAUGUUUGAUUCAGCUUGAUAUUGUUAGGAGAAGUUAGAUACUCGUCACUCUUAGAGCUAACCAAGCUUUAGUAACCCGUCGGUGCCUUUCUUUUGGUUUUCAGUGGUCUUGGCUUUUUCGAAGAAAAGCGACUGCUUCCAACUCUGGUAAGUAUGAUACACGCAUUUAAUUGUAUAGUAACGUCACAGAUGGUAAAUAAAGUCAUCUCGUGACAUGAAGCUAAGGCUCCUCUAGGGUGAAUCUUCAGUAAUAAUCUCUUUUGUCAUAUCUCUCAGUUAGCACCUGCGCUAUGAUUGGUCAAUUAAGAGGACCGUAUUUCACUGUAUGGCCCUCUAAACUCAAAAGUUUGUUUGAGUUGAAAUAUCCCCCCUCUAGAGAUCGAUAUUGUGAAUUUCUUGCUAACCUCUUUUCCUCAUCCGUACUGUAAGUUACGGAAUUUUUUUUAUUCGGUCCGCAACUUACAGUACGGACUUUGAACUCGGUAAGUAAGAGGUAUGUAUUCCUUUUCUGUGUAAUAAGACGAAGGUUGGUAAGGCGGGUCAAAUAUAGUUUGCAUCCGAAAGAAUUUUUCAAUUCAAGCAGUGCGACAAUGUAGUUAAAUAUUUCUUAACGUUUGCUUUAAAUUCUUAGGAAGUUUCUUGGGAAAAGCUAAGGUCAAAUCUGAUUUUGUCCGAGUCGAUGUUGUUACGACGUCCGGUGACGUGGAGAGUGAUGUGCAUAUGCAGGUCAUACCUAAAGAGGAAGUCUUAUCAAGAUCGGUGAAGGCUGGUGGUAUUCCACUGGAUAUCUCAUUGAUCAUGUUUGAUUCCACAUCUGCUGCUAAUUUCCAAAGAAAGAUGCCCAACACUUUGAAAUAUUUGACGAAGCACCUCAAUUCAAUUAUUCUUCAAGGUUGGUAAUGGUUUCUGUCGUUAACGUGGUCAAUUCUUUUGCUUGGUUAUUUGCUUGACAUUUUUGCUAAUUAUUUCAUCGCAUUUCUUUUCAAAAGGUAUGUCGAUGAAUGGAAAAGAGCCACCCUUUUCAAAAACAUAUACUUUCACUUCUAAAAGCGUAUUCCACACUUAUAUUAAUAAGCAUCUCUGAACAAGUUCGGAAAAGAUUCGAAAAGAUUUGUAACGUUUCCACAGCAGGGUGACCGAAAGGACAUGACACUAGUUCUAACUUGACAAUUCGACGUGUCUAUGCAAAACCUGACACGACGACGGAAGUUCUAUAUUGCUGGGACCUGUCAUGAUCUGUCGUCAGGGAGAAGGGGAGGGGGAAGGGGUAGGGGGGGAAGGAGGGGAGAGGGAAGGAGAGAAGGGGGAAGGAGGGGAGGAGGAAGGAGGGAAGGGGGAAGGAGGGAAGGAGGAAGGAGGGGAGGGGAAGGGGGAGGAGAAAGAGGAAAGGGAAGGAGGGAAGGAGGAAGGAGGGGAGGAGGAAGGAGGAUAGGGGAAGGGGAAGGGGGGGGGAGGAAGGAGGGGAGGGGAAGGGGGGGGGGAAAGAGGAAAGGGGAAGGAGGGAAGGAGGAAGGAGGGGAGGAGGAAGAAGGGAAGGGGAAGGGGGAAGGGGGAAGGAGGAAGGAGGGGAGGGGAAAGGAGGGAAGGGGGAAAGAGGAAAGGGGGAAGGUGGGAAGGAGGAAGGAGGGGAGGAGGAAGGGGAAGGGAAGGGGGGGGGGGAAGGAGGAAGGGGAAGGAGGGAAGGGGAAAGAGGGAAGGGGAAGGAGGGGGGGAGAAGGGGGGAAGGGGGAAGAGGGAAGGGGAAGGGGAAGGAGGGAAGGGGAAGGAGGAGGGAAGGAGGGAAGGGGGGAGGGGGAGGAGGGGAGGGGAAGGGGAAGGGGAAGGGGAAGGGGGGGGAAGGGGAAGGGGGAAGGAGGAAGGAGGGGAGGAGGGGAAGGAGGGAAGGGGGAAGGAGGAAAGGGGGAAGGGGGAGAGGGAAGGAGGGAAGGGGGAAGAAGCGACUGAAAUAAUUUGGUUGAGUCACAAUAAAAUUUACCUGAUCCCCCUAAAGGUUCCGUAAUAUUCUAAUCAUUGGAAGUUAAUUGGCAGUAAAUUCUCUAUAGUCUCAACUUUAUACUCUGUUGGCCACGACCAAAAGAUCAUAUGAUCUCGUGCGACGUCUCAUUCCCCCUCUGUUCCAACAUAGAAGCAUCUGACCCCUCACUCCCCCCCCCACUCUGUAAAAAAUCCACCAACCCUUCCCCCAAGGUGAUAAAUAAUUACUGGUAUAACUUGUACUAGUCUCUUCCCUUAGGACAAAUUCUACGCAAGCAGGUCUUUCUUGACAACUUUCUUUUCUCUCUUACCGUUUAAAUUUUCUCCAGGAGAGACAAUUGUUGGUGAUGGUACAACGGCUCAGCUUUGUGCAUUGCUCACUGGGAUUGCUGAAAAGCACCAGCCUGAAGCCAGACGAAGUGAAAGUAACUCAGACACAGUUGAUAAGUGGCGCUGGAUUUUUAAAGAUUUCAAAGAACACGGAUACGCCACUUUAUUCUCUGAGGAUUUUCCACGUGUUGCAUCAUUCAAUUAUCGUCUACUUGGUUUCAAAGAUCCGCCCACGGAUCAUUAUUCCAGACCAUUCUGGUUGGAGGCAGAAAAUAUCAUUAAAGGCCAUUGCAUCAGUGGCCGUGCCUCCCAUAAUAUUUCACUGGAGUAUCUGAUGAGCUUCUAUCGCGCUUACAAAGACAGGCCAAAAUUUUCACUGGUGACACACGCGGUGAUCUCACACGACGAUCAGAACACUAUUGGUUACACCGAUGAUGAUUUAAAAACAAUUUUGCAAACUAUGGAAAAAGAGUUCUUUCUCAACAGUACCCUCUUGAUUAUAUUCGGAGACCAUGGAGCUAGGUUUUCUGAUGUGAGAAAAUCAAUCCAAGGGAAGCUAGAGGAGAGACUUCCCUUCAUGUCCAUUACAGUACCAAAGUGGUUUACCAGGAAGUAUCGAAAUUUAUACAAGAAUUUGAUUCAUAAUUCAGAAGUAUUGACCACGCCCUUUGAUGUGUACGCUACCCUGCGUCACAUUCUGUCGUAUCCAAAUUAUCCGAGCGGGAUAACGACUGGUCAAAGCCUGUUUAACAGGAUUGACAAAGACAAUCGCACGUGUGAAAAUAGCGGUGUCGAGGAGCACUGGUGUCCAUGUCUGAACUUAGAAGAAGUCUCAACAAACAAGCCUCUGAUAAAGAUGUUAGCAGAAUUUGUGGUUAAGUUUAUGAACAAUUUAAUGUCAAAAUACUCUGCAUUAGAAGAUCUUUGUCAAAGGCUUGUUUUAAAAGAAGUCCAAAGCGCAUACAUCGACAUGCCAAAUGUAAAAUUGCAACUCUUUGAGAAAAGUAGCCGAGAUGAUGACUGUGAUUCUUGUGGGGUGAUACUCGGUGAAAAAUCCGUCAACACUUUAACCGAGAACACAUUGUAUCAGUUGCAGUUCACAACGUCUCCGAAUGAUGGAUUUUAUGAGGCUACGAUCAAAAUGAAGAAAGGUGUUCCUUCGCUGAGAGGGGAUAUUAGUCGAAUCGAUGCUUAUGGAGAUCAGCCAUAUUGCAUCGUAGACAAAUUUCCACUUUUACGGAAGUAUUGCUACUGCUUUUAG